AUGGUUCGCCUAACUCUGCAAGAGAAGCGAGACGAAGCUACUGACAAAUACCAUGCCCUCAUCGAAAUCAUGGAGUCUCUCAGAAGAAACCUCGACCAGGCUUACGCUCUGGUAGACCUGGUCGCCAACGAUGUCAAAACCCUCCGAGAAGACCUUGAAUCAGCAAAGGACUCGGAUGAAAAGACAUUCUUGGAGAAAGAACUUCAAAAAGACAUUGUCAAACUCAAAGAAGCCAGAAGUCGGUCCGGACAGGUCAGAAGACAACUUCGUCAGGCAAAGGAGAGAGUGGAUGAACAAAUCGACACCGUCAACCGUCUCGAAAUCGAACUCAUCAAGAAACCUUCUAUGGGCUAG